AGGUCCCUCCCUUUCUGCUCUUACUCUCUUGCCCUCUCCACACCCAAGUUGCUCCCUAUCAGCUAGUGCCAAGGAACAGUGAGACACAAGAGGCUUUUCUCAGAUCAAAAGGAUAUGUUACCUGUGAAAGCUGCAGCAAAAAUGACAGGAGCUAAAGCCAUAGAUGUGAAGGGAAUCUUAACACUGAUGAUACUAAUGGUCAUCGUUUUCUUGCUGCUUCUCUUCUGGGAAAAGGAGCCAGAUGAGGAUUUAGUGGUGAAGUCCAUAGAGCACUUGAAUGUGGACUACCCAAAGAGCAGGAUUCCUGUGAGGUACUGUAACUCCAUGAUCCGACAAAGAGUCAUCAGGGAACCCAACCACACAUGCAAAAAGGAGCAUGUCUUCAUCCACGAGAGGCCCCCAAAAAUCAACAGCAUCUGCGUUUCUCCCAGGAAGAUGGUGUGCCCAAACCAUGCUACCUAUUUCUGCUUCCAGAGUGAGGCAAAGUUCAAAAUGACACUCUGCCAACUCGUUGGCGGCACAAUAUAUCCUGCCUGCAGGUACCACAUUUCCACCUUGGAGGGGUAUGUUCUUGUCACUUGUGAUAACUUGGGGCCAGUUAAUUUCCAGGGAUAUGUUGAGUAA